AACCUUCGGAGAGCUGGAUCGGCCUGAUAUGGCGAAUGCAGGAGAGCGCUGUCUCCCCUGCUCUGAGGCUCGGCGACUCCGCCGGGAGUGACCCGCGCCAGAUCCGACGGACACUGCCGUGUCUGGGUCCCUGCCCCGGUCGGCCGUCGCUCUUGGCCCAGCUCCGCCUACAGACCCCGACGGUCGCGUGCUGAGCGACCUCGCUCAGGUUCCACUUGCUGCAGAAGCACAAAUGGACCUUGCUCUGGGCUCUGUGACCUUUGAGGACGUGGCUGUGUACUUUUCCCAGGAGGAAUGGAGGCUUCUAGAUGAGGCUCAGAGACUCCUGUAUCGCGAUGUGAUGCUGGAGGUCUUUGUACUUGCUGCCUCUCUGGGACUUGCAUCUUCUAAGUCUCAUGCUGUUGACCAGCUGGAGCUGGGAGGAGAAUCCUGGGUACAUGACAGAGUGGACAUGACUUCACGCACAGCAAGACAAGCUCAAACUGGGCCUGGCCCUGGUGAUUGGCAUCAGAGACAGGAUGUGAUAUCAUGGCUGGGUUCACAUUGUUUGAGGAACAUGUCCUGUGCCCAGCGCUGUUUUGGUGCUAAGGCCAGUGGCCAUAUACCUCAUUUCUAUCUUUCCUCGCCAGUCUGGACACUUUGCCCACCUGUCAUUUCUGCUCUGACUUCUGACCCAGGAUUAUCCCUCACCUCUCUGUCUUCUACCACUCAUUUGUCCUCUCCACUGCUCCCUCUGUUGUGCUCUCCAGGAACGGCCUACACUUAAUGUGUCAUGAGGUCUGCACAGAUUCUUAAGAUAGUAUUUGAACACCAGCUGCCCAGUUACAGUUAGAUUUUCUUGGCUCUGAACACACCCUUCCAUGUAGCACACACGUGUCACCAGCAGUGAAGGCCCUGGUGAAAACCUUUUCCAGAGAAGUGUGUUGUGGACCCUGCUUCU